GUAAAAUGAAGUAGAAAGAAAAUACGUAGAACUAGAAAAAAAGGUGUUGCCAUUGUCGAACUUCGUUUGACGGCUUGAAAUCGCCGCAUUAUAGUAGUGCGAAAUAGAUUCAAUGUUGACUUGACAAUAAGACUUGACUGAACCACAUUUUUAAUUUGUCCUCGUUUUUGUACGAAAUACUGUUAUUAAGUUUAGACCAAUUUUUCGAUUUUUUGUAAGACUUAAAAAUAUUAUGAUAGUUUAAAGCAACACAGAGCAAUCCUUUCAUUAAACUCUUUUGUUUUUGUAUUUUUGACGGCAAAGAGUUUAUUGUUGAAGGUUUCUCUAUUCACCGUUUGCAUCAUCGUACAAUUUGAAGGAAAAAAAACACCGAAGACAAAAAAUCAAUAAAAUCAACACUAUUCAAGCUUCAUCAGUUAGUCCGUCGGUGAUUUCUUGUGAUUUUUUGCUCGCGACCAAUGAUAUAAGAGUCCAAUUAAAUACAUAGAAGUUGCUCUGGAAUACACACAGUCAAUUUCAUUGAAAAAAAACAAAACAUCAGUUUCAAUCAUUAAGAAUUGGUUCUAAUAAGCAUUGGUUAUUUGUAAAAAAUCGUAUCUUCAAUUCGAAGCGAACGACACAUCAACAAUUAUUUGGUGAUUUGGCAACAUUCAGAGGCUUGUACUGUUUGUAACGAGAGCAAUGGAACAAACGAAUACCGAAUGUACGGUGAGCUUAAAACGUAAGUUGAGUAUGGAAAGUGAAAGGUGUAGUGAUACUCCUGAAAAUAGUGAAAUGAAUCUCAGCAAUAGUAUGGAGACUGAAGAAGAAAACCAAUUCGAGGUAAUCACCUCAAAUGAACAUAGUAUGAAAGCUAUUCCUGCCGAAAAUCAACUGCAAUUCCAUGUUCUGGACGAAAUACAAGAUGAUGAAAGUGGUUCGGAAAAUGGUAACAACGAUCAAAACGCGAUGGAUUCAAGCGAUUUCGAAGAAGAUGAAAUCAACAUAGAUAACCUAUUGGACGAACAAUUGCCCGAUGAUUUGCGAGAACGGAAAAAAGCGUACAAAUACGAGGAAAACUCAAAGCUUGUUCUGGAAGAAAAGGGUAGAAAUCAUUUUGAAGUAUUGCCGGAGGGAUGGAUUCAAGUGACACACAAUAGCGGCCUUCCCAUUUACAUGCACAAACUAACACGUGUAUGUUCAUUAUCUCGUCCAUAUUUUCUCGGACCAGGCAGUUUACGAAAACAUCAAAUACCAGUGAGUGCCAUUCCAUGCUUAAAUUACAAGCGGGCGCUUGAAGAGGAGAAAAAAUUAAAGGAAAACUGUGACCAUAAAAACGAUGUAACGAUGAAUGAAUGUGAAAAUGAAUCCGUAAAAACUAAAAGUGUAAACAUAAAUACAUCAUCUGGUUGUCCAUACGCAAAGGGUGAAAGUGCUGUUGAAAAUGAUGUAGAGCCAGUGACAUCGAGCGAGUCACACAAAGAAGAUUCAUUUGUGGCACCAAAACCACUAGAAAAUUGUUCACCUGUGUCAUCAACCGGGUCAAACAAGUCAAACAACGAUUAUAAUCCACCAGCUAAAAAACCACGUGUACUCGGUGCCAUUGCCAAUGCAAAAAUUGAAACCGCACAUGAAAAUCUUGAAGCUCAAUCGCUUACAAAUGAACAGCUCAUCGACUAUUGCUCCAAAUUGUUCCAAUUUCGAAACAUUCGUGUCAUGCGUUUUACAUCAUGGUCAGACCGGCGAAAAUUCACCAAACAUAAAAAGAAUAUCAAAAAUUUGCAACGACCCACUCUUCCAGAAGGCACCAAGUUGAUCACAUUUCCAAUCAUUGCAAAUGACGAUGAAAAAGAUAGUCGCGUUAAAAAAGAGUACAUCAUGAAUCCAAAUAAUAAAAGUUAUAUUUGUAUUCUGCAUGAAUAUGUGCAGCAUGCAUUGAAAAAACAGCCAACGUAUGAAUUUAAAGAGUUGGAAAAUUCGACCACUCCAUAUUCGGCCACUGUGUCAAUCAACGACUUGAAGUAUGGUGUUGGAUACGGUUCAAGUAAAAAACAAGCCAAAUCUGAAGCUGCACGAGAAACUUUGGAAGUUUUAAUACCAAGUAUGCGUGACAAAAUUUCCGCCGAAAAAGCAAGUGGCAACAAUAAACAAACUGUACAAGAUUUUUCGAUGUUCGAUGAAAUAAAAAUUGAAGAUCCGCGUGUUGCUGAAUUUUGUACCAAAACUACGGAACCAUCGCCACAUGCAAUUUUAUUAACCUGUCUUCAACGUAACUACGGUGUAGGCGAUAUUAAAAUUGAUUAUCAAGUCAAUCCCGGUAGAAAUAAGCAUAACGAAUUCACCAUGACGGUGGGAAAACAUAAAGUAACUGUCAACUGUCGUAACAAACGUGAUGGUAAACAAUUGGCCUCACAAUCCAUUUUACAAAUUUUGCAUCCACAUAUUACAACAUGGGGUUCAUUGCUUCGCCUGUACGGAAGUAAUUCAGUCAAAAGUUUCAAGGAGAAGAAGCAAGAAGAACAGGAAAUUACUGUGUUACAAAGUCGAGCUGCUAUAAACCAGCCAAAUUAUGCCAUUUUGGACAAGUUAAAAGUCGAAAUGAUGAAAUUAGAUUCAGAACAACAAAAUGUACGGCCACUUGGAAAAUUCACUGCACCGCCAGAUAUAAAUUUACUUGCAUCUAGUUCAAAUCUUGAAUUGUAAUAAGUUCCAAUUGGCUUUGUUUUAAACGAUUGCAUUUGAUUCGCUUUAAAAAA